CUCGAUGGACAUAUAGCAUAUGUUUAUUCUAUGAUCGCAUGAAGAAUCACAUCUCAGCGAAUGUUUCCUAAUUUUUGGUGAAUUGUUGAUUAUGUCUUCUAGAACAGAGCAACAWACCACUAAAACGACUAGAACCACUUCAACCGUCCAUGAACGGCGCGAAUACACGGCGUACUGUGGCUGUUGCGACUGUUUGUGGAUUAUAGCGACCGUUGAAGGUUGGCUGAAGAUACUACAAUGGUUGUCCACCUUUCUUGCGUUUGUUAUUCUCCUGGCGACGUUCAACGUUCCUAUCGAAUCCUACAAGGGAUAUCCAGAAUAUGGCUUUAUGCUAUUUGUCGGCAUAACUUCUUGGGUCUUUGUCACCAUUCAUAUCAUCUUAAAACUACCCCAUCUUUUAGAAAGAUUGCCAAUGUUUUUGCUUCAUCCGAUCGUUGGAAUUGCGUGUUGUCUUCUGGGUGCUCUUUGCUUUCUCGUCGCUUCAUCUGUUGUUCUUGCAUAUGCAUAUGGUAAAGGAGGCCUUGAAGCUUCUGCCGCGUGCGGCUAUAUUGCAAUGUUCUUGUUUAUUUUUGAAGCUCUCUACAUCUUCUGUCGAGGAAGGCGCGCAACAAAGAGAGAGGAAACGAAGACAGUGGAGAGGGUUGAGAAAGGCACAGAACCGGCUGCAAAAGUUGAUAAAAGAGAAGUUGAAAAAGAAAAACAGCCUGAAACUCUGCAUGAAUUUCCUAGAUAAACGGACCUUAUAAUUAAGACAUAAGAAUGACUAUUAAAUUAGAGGAAUAACAAGAAACUAAGACAGAAACACCGGCAGUUGACGGUCAUGUCGGGAUGACAGGUGAAUCAAAAGUGAAACUGUUUACAAAGUCCAUUCUGCGUAUUACAGUGCUACUAAUUCUAUAUCAAAUGCACAGAAAACAAAAGGAGUAUAAUAAUACAAAAGCUCAAAGCAGUAUCGUGAGUAAAUUAGCAACUUUUACACAUUUCAAUAAAAAUUUGUCAGUAUUAAAAUAAAUAUGUACAUGUAUCGGUGACAAUGCACUAAAGUCAUAGUAAGGUGCACGUGUUAAUUAAUUAAGACUCGCGAGAUAAAAUUGCAAAAAUACGUCAAAUGUUUUUUUUUUGGCUAAUCUCCUACUAUGAUCUCUAUGUUCCCUAUCAGAAAUACAGCUUGCUUGCAGCCGUCUAAUCUGGCAGCCUCUAGCUUUCGCAAAACGUUCUGACGAAUUUUACCCUUUUCCUAAAUAAUAGGAGUAAGGUAGACAAUAAAAAAAAAAUGAAAAUGUGAUGAUAACGCUGGUCUGUUUAGUGUGCGUGUUAUUGUUGUUUGUUUGUUAGUUGUUGUUUGUUUGUUUGUUAGUUGUUGUUGUUUUUUGAAUGGAUCAGCGUUAUUAUAAUUGCAUUUCUUUUCUCUAUGAUUUUUCAUUAAAAUAAAUAUUAGGCUAUUAGUUAGGUAUUGAAUGCAAAAUGUAACCAUAUUUUAGAUUCAGAAUACGCUUCUGUGUAAAUUUGUUUAUGAAAUAGUCGAAAAUAGAUAUGAAAUGUCAACACAUAAAAGUAUAAAAGGAAUUACUUAUGAAAGUGCUUACGAAAUACAAUGAAAGUAUACAUUCA